CAACACUGACCGUGGAAUACCGAUCCAAUCAUAGCACAUCUGACGGAAAGCAUGAUGGAUCAUGGCAAGCUCCUCCUAAUCUGGCGUAUACUACUUAUACAGUGGGCAUGCUUUUCGACGCGUCCGCGAUACCCCUUCGAUGAAGAUCGAAAAUCGUACCUUCAUCGUCUCCGGAGGGGCAUCUGGGCUUGGUCUCGCUGCAGUCAACGAACUUGUACACUCCAACGCUUUCGUAUCCAUCCUUGACAAGGAUAUCACAAAUGUCAAGCCAUCGCCACGACUACUCGCGCUCAAGACGGACAUCACGAAAAAUGAUGAGAUUUCUAUCGCUCUUGAACGAAUCGUGACAUGGACGCAAAAGACCGGAGCACCGUUGGGUGGUGUCAUUCAUUGCGCAGGCAUCGGUGUUCCAGGACUAAUGAUUAACGUCAACGCCAGUCAAGUAUGGGAUGCAACCGUUUCGGUUAACCUAUCAGGUACAUUCCAUCUUACCCAGUUGGCAAUGAAAUAUCUGGUGGGUGUACCUCUGUCGGAGGAUGGAGAACGCGGGGUAAUCAUUAUGGUAUCCAGCUCGGUUGCUUAUGAAGGACUUGUGGGACAAGUCGCUUACGCUGGAUCGAAAGGUGCUAUACGAUCAAUGACGCUACCGAUGGCUCGUGAACUGGCCAAGUACGCGGUUCGUGUAGUCACGAUCGCUCCGUCAUCGUUCACGACACCAAUGACGGAUAAUUUCGGCUCCAACACGAAGCAGGCGUUGUUGGAGAAGGCUGUGGUCUUUCCUAAGAGAUUUGGGCAUCCAUCAGAGUUUGCGCAUACCGUGAAAUGGGUGCUGGAGUGUGGCUACGUUAAUGGAGAGUCAAUAAAGCUGACUGGAGGUACGAGAACUCCUGUCAAGCUAUGACAAUUGGAUUGGGAUAUCGAUGAGUUUCUCGGAUUCGGGCAUGUAUUUAUUUAGUUUCAAGUUUCCGUCCUUGUGAUUGACAUCCGCGG